CUUCUUUCUUGGAGCACGUGGUCGGUUGCAGCAAUCUCAUUGGCUCGCUAGGCUGAAAUCAAAGAAAGAAGCUGUCCCAUUUCGACUGGUGCAGCUGCCAGCAUUUGUGCAACUUGGCAUUUGCGUGGGGACUGCAGCUAGAAUUCGAAAUCCUGUGCAGGGAACUGAACAGCAGUGCGCAGGAAGUGUAGUUAGCAGGGGUACAGAGCAUGCUGUGCAGCGCUGUACUCUGCUUGCUUGCGCUCAUACAGCAAGAGGGGCCUGUGGCACAGAGAAACACGAGUUCAUGAUUCUGACGCAUCAUUUGCAAAAUCUGGGUGGUUGGAUUGAGUCAAUUCAAAAUUCAUACGCAGCAUUGAAAAUAUGGUUGUGAAUGGGACUCGUCUACAUGGUGUGGCAAGAAAAAUCCGACAAUUGCCUCUCAUUAAGAGCUAGUCACUGGUAUUUUGUGGAGAAAGGAGAUUGCCAGCUCCUAGAUAUCAGAGUGGUUUUUAGGAGAGGACGUGGAAAAGGAAUGAGCGUGGAGCAAGCAGCCGGUGCUUUGCCGACUGUGGAGAAGAGUGUCAAAGAGAAGGUGGACUUCUUUGAGAAAGAGAUUGGCAGAAUGAGCCAGCAGGAGGAGCACCAUCGAGGGACCAGAUCUGAAGAUCGGUCUGAAUCUGAGCAGAAGCUGGAAAGUACUCAGGAUGAGGACACAGAGCAACUAGCAAUCUCUAGCAACGGACACAGUGAUGCUGCAGUGGGGGUGGGAAAUCAGGGGACACAAUCAGGCAAGGGACAAGGGACGGGCACAAUGAUGUAUGAAGAUGCAAAAGACCUUGUGGGAGCCCAAGCCCCAGACAACAUCGCGACCACCGCAGUGCCAGUUGGAGUUUCGGGCUUGGUGGAUGCUGAGAGCACCUUACCAGAGAACCAAUCAGUCACUCCAACACAAUCGAAGUCAAGCCCCGCAGCUCAGAAACGUCCUCAGACGGCGUCCCCUUCAGCAGUCAGACCACUUUCUGCCUCCCAGGAUUUUACUGGUUCGCAGACCGUAACCGUGCCAGAGCCAUUCCGGUUCUCGCUUGACAGCAGACCGCGGAGAUCCUCAGAUGGCGGGGUUCAAACUCCCCCAGAUGCAGCAAAGAGGAGGCCGAGGUCCUCGAGCCACACUUUUGGCUCUUCUCCCAAAGACCUCAAGGUUGUGUCUUCAACAGGUCGAAAAGCACAGACAACGCCACAGCCUUUCAACCUCGAAGGCCUCAAGCGUCACGAAAGAGCUUUGGAGCAGUUGAAGGCAGAUAUAGCUGCGAAGGAAGCUGAGGAGACUGCUCCCAGGAGCUUCAAAGCACGGCCAAUCCUCAAGCCGGAUGUAGCGCCCUCUCCGCGUGUUGUGCCCCCUCCAACAAAGCCGUCAGCUUUCAAGCUCUCCGUAGAAGAUCGAGCUGAGAGGCGAGACAAGUUUAAGAAGCAGGUCGAGGAUCGGGAGCGGCAGUUGGAGGGCGAACGGGAGAAGAUGUUGCAGGAAUUGAAGAAAGAGGUGGACAAGGAGGAGAAGCAAGUGAGGCGCAGCGCCUCUUUCAAAGCGACACCUGCUAAACUCACACCAGAUGCCAAGGUCUUCAAGCCGACACUGGGACAGAGCCCAAGAACGACGCCGCGUGCGCCUGUCCUUGGUCCUAAGCGGCGCCACUCAACUGGCUCGGAGGAUGGCAGCACCACGGCCACUUCCGACAAGGGGCCCAGUGCAACCCCUGGUGCGGCUUCCGGGACCUCCCAGCCAUCUUCCCGCCCCGCCAGCAAGCCCGCCUCCCCACUGACCGGCAAGCCGCCCUCCCCUCGGGUCAACAGAACCGCCUCGCCAGGCCCUCCCAGACCCUCCUCCGCAGGCCUUGCCAAGGCCGCGUCUCCUCGCCCCGUCAAACCUGCGUCUCCAAGCUCCGUCAAAACGCCUUCUCCCAGGCUGAGCAAGCCCGCGACCCCGUCACCCAAGCCGUCACCCACCCCCGCCAAAGCUGUGACCCCGAGGCUGACCAAGCCAGCACCCCUCAGAACCGGGUCACCCAGAGUUGGCAAGACCCCCUCCCCCAUGUCAAAGAAGGCCCCAGGCCAGGGUGGAAGCACUCCGGCCUCUCCCCGUCCUGCUGGCACUGCUGUUGCAAAGGUCUCCACCCGCCGGAGCAGCGACACCUCGGGAGCGGCUGGAAAGCCGUCCUCCCCUGCGGCAGCAAUGGCCAGCCCCUCGGGCGCAAGUUCCCAAGCUGGAGUAGUCACGAGGCAAGGAUCCCGGCCCCUGUCUGCGAGUAAGGCGGGGGUGACCAGCCCCGGGACGCCCGGCACCCCAACUUCUCGGCGGGUGGCCAGCCCCAGGACUGCCAGCACGUUGAGUCCUCGGGGAGUGGCCAGGCCUGUGUCUGCAAGCGCCGCAAAAAGCAGGUUGAGUCCAGGCGCGAAAGUGACACCGAGCAAGGUGUUGCACCCGAAGGUGACGAGGGAGGCUGCAGCCGACGAGAAGCAGCAGACAGGAGGGACCAUCACAAGUAGCACGCCUGCCGAAAUGGCAGGGACUGGAACGACAGAUGACAAGGCGGCAAAGCUGGGCGCUGAUUCGACAGCUAACGGUGAUGAGCCUAGUAAGGAGCCGCCAGCGAGGUCGGAGAUGAGUGCAGACCCGAACGAAGAGCCGCAAGGUGGAGAGAGUGCUUCGGAAAGGGCACAACUGGAGGUUGAGGCGAAUACCUCGGAGGUCACAGUGGACGCUCUCGUUCCAGCAGAGGUUGAGCCAAAAGACAGUGUGCUGGCAAAGGUCGAGGCAAACGGACUUGCGCUUCUGGACGCUGAUGAGCGGCGUGACGAAGAGAUGUCUGUUCAGCAAGGACAUGCCCUGUGACGACAGCGGACCACGGCGUAUUGCAAACGAAGGAUCUGAAUAUACCAUCUGCGAUGAGCUGCCUUGCGAAGAUAAUUAGUAGUUUGAGCUACUAACACUUCUAGGUUCUGCUAUGCUAAGAGGAUACUUGUCGAGUAGGCUUGAGUUUUGACAGUGUAAUUGAGUUGGACAGUGCCGCCUAUCUCCUGCUGCUUUGCUUUGCUAAGACUUGUGUACUGGCGUUUGCCCUUUCGUUGUACUGAGUUCACAUGGCACACAAAUGUUUUGAAAUUCGUGAACCUAUGUCAACUAGUUCUAUACAUUAACCUAACGGAGUUACUAGUCAGUG